AUGCUCGCCGUCCGCGGCGAGGGCCUGGGCGACAGCCGCAAGCCUGGCAACAGCCUCAGGAACCAGGGCCGGUUCCACUUUGUGUGCAAGGGCGACGCCGACUGCGCCUCCAAGUUGCAGCCCGCUCUCGAGAAGGCGCUGCAGCAGGAUACUAUCCACGAGCGAGUGUCCGAGAGGAUGAAGAGCGGCUACUACGAGCGGGGUAAGGGCGGUCAGGCCAAGGCGGAGAGGCCGAGCCUGCCGAGCGCCGCGCCGCACCGGCAGGGUGGGCCGCCCCCGCCGGGACCGCCGCCGGGGGCGUGGGGCCCGCCGCCAGGGGCGUGGGGCCCGCCGCCGCCCGACGGCUGGGGCGCGCCACCGCCCGGCUGGGGCGCGCCGCCGCCCGGGUGGCCGCCGCCUCCCGACGGCUGGGGCGCGCCGCCGCCCGGGUGGCCGCCGCCUGCCGACGGCUGGGGCGCGCCGCCGCCCGGGUGGGUGCCGCCCCCGCGGCCGAUGCGCGACUACGCGCCCGACGCCAUAGCCAUGCUGCGCCACCACGGCGUGUUGGACGGGUCCUUCGACGAAGACAUGGUGGCGGACCUGCUGGACGAGACCUUCGGCUGGCAGUCCUUGCUGGACCCCGUGCAGGUGCGCCCCUACAUGGACCGGUUCCUCCACGCGGCCAGCGAGCUGAAGGUCGCGAUCUGUGGCGGCAGGGCCGCGCCAUCACAGUCCCGGGCGUUGCCGGCGGCGGCGCCAACCAACGCGCAGCGGCCCGCGCCGGCGCCGUCAUCGUCCCGGCCGUCCUCCUCGCGGCCGUCUUCGUCGCGGCUUCCCCAGGCAGUGGAGGCGCCAGCGGCGUCGCCGGAGGCCUCCAGGGCGCCGCAGCUCCCAUCGCCGCCCCCCCCGCCGCCGCUGGGCUCCGGUAGAGGAGGCCGCGCCCUGCCGCUCUCCUCGAAGGCCAGGGGCGCGCCGCCGAGCGCGUCGCUGCGCGUGGCCGAGCCCGUCUUCUCCGAGAGGCGUGGCGCGAAGCGCCCCGCGGAGAAGCCGCCGCUGCCGCCGGGCCCGCCGCCAGGCCGUGGGAAGAUCUUCGUGCCCAGUCGGCAAAACGAGGGCGAAGAGGAGGAUGCCAUCGAGGAGGACAGCGUCUUCGUGCCCAGUGACGCCCACUAUCGUGGGGGCGAUGAGGAAGCCGAAGAUGAGACCGUCGAAGAGGCGGGCAACGUCUUCGUGCCAAGUCGUUUUCAGGAAGGCGACUUCGCCCAGGACGACGUUGCGGACUCCGUGCCAACUUACUUGCGAGAAUAUGACGCGGGCUUCACAACAGUCGGAGACGAUGAGCUAUGAGGAAAAAGCGUCGCUACGAUAUUGCUCGCAGUGGGAGGUCGCGCAAAUGUGUCAUUGCUCAUUGACUGUGCCAUGUUUGAAUCGCGUAGCUCAUUCUGCCGACCCAUCUCGCAUCAGUGUUGCCACCUGUUGGUGUG